AUGAACGUGACGGAUCCGGAUGUACUAGUGGCAAGAGGCCAACUGGACAUACUGUACCGGGGGCCAGAGUAUAUACUGGAGUCCGCCCGCGCCUCAUAUAACAAUGCUAUCGAAUUUAAUGUCACGUUUGAAAAUAACAGCACCUAUAAUGUUUCCCAAGAUUCAGAAGAACAGUGGAACAAGUAUAUAAAACUAUUACAAGACAGAGUGCUACUCGUUUCAUUUCUUCUAUUGUUCUCCUUGACAACAGUCUUUGGCAAUAUGCUCGUCAUCUUAGCCGUAGUGAGGGAACGCUACCUCCAUACUUCAACUAACUACUUUGUGACGUCAUUAGCAGUAGCGGACUGUCUAGUCGGGCUAGUGGUGAUGCCUUUCUCCGCACUAUAUGAAGUAUUAGAACAUACGUGGUUUUUCGGUGUUAACUGGUGCGAUGUGUGGCGGUCUUUAGACGUAUUAUUUAGUACGGCCUCAAUAUUAAACUUGUGUGUGAUCUCGUUGGACAGGUAUUGGGCAAUCACGGAUCCAAUAACAUACCCAAUGCGUAUGAGUGGACGAAAAGCAGCGUUUUUGAUCGCGGCUGUGUGGGUAUGCUCCGGGGCGAUAUCAUUUCCCGCGAUAGCGUGGUGGCGCGCCGUACGAGUAGAGGAAGUCCCAGAUUACAAAUGUCCAUUUACGGAUAACUUGGAGUAUUUAAUAUUUUCAUCGACAAUUUCUUUCUAUUUACCACUGUUUGUGAUGGUGUUCACUUACUAUCGUAUAUAUCGUGCAGCGACUAUUCAAACGCGGUCGUUAAAAAUCGGCACUAAACAAGUAAUGAGACCUAGUGGGGAACUGGAGCUGACUUUGAGAAUUCACAGGGGUGGUACAGUGCGCCAGCGCAGUGAUGCGUGUCACGGUGUUUGUACACCAGACGAAGCCGAUCAAGAGCCUCUGACAGCUUUACAGAACAACGGUCUAUCGCGUUCCUCAACACGUUUAACUAAUGUAACUCACGGCAAACAUUUGCCUAAAAACUUUUCGCUCUCAAGAAAGUUGGCGAAGUUCGCCAAAGAGAAGAAAGCAGCCAAAACUUUAGGUAUAGUGAUGGGUGUGUUUAUAGUGUGUUGGCUGCCAUUUUUUGUGGUGAACUUACUGUCAGGUAUUUGCUCCGCGUGUAUCAUGCACGAGGAGAUCGUGAACGUGGUGGUCACCUGGCUUGGCUGGGUCAACUCUUCCAUGAAUCCUGUCAUUUACGCCUGUUGGAGCAGAGACUUUCGGAGGUAA